GAGAAAGCUGGGGAAGCUGCAGCCGGAGAAUAUGCCGCCGGCGGGGCCCUCCGCCCCCACUACGACGGGCAUCUGCGCCCAGACCCGUUCGGCCCCGCCUCGAUCCAACGCCCAGGUUCGACGACAACGUCUGCCCCGCUCCGGCGAAUUCAUCUGCACCCGUCGACUCCUCUUGCAGGACGCCCGUGACGGUUGGAGGGGAAGAGGAGGAGGUCGGAGGGGCCGUCAGAACGGGCGGAAGCAUACGCUGUAUGGGAGGUGGACGGAGCAGCCGGAGGUGAGCCAUCAGCUCAAGAGGCCACCACAACGACAUGCUGCAGACGGCAGAGCUGGUGCACCAGUCAUCGAUGGAUGCGGCUUCUUCGCUCCUGGUGACUGCCCUCAACGAAGGGAGGGACGUGAUCAUGGAUGGCACACUAUCUUGGGAACCAUUCUUCGAGCAAACAGUAGCCAUGGCAAGGACUGUGCACCAGCAGCGGUACCGCAUGGGCGUCGGCUACAAGGUUACUGAAGACUGGACAAUCACCGAGGAUUACUGGGAGCCGGUUCAGAAUUGCAGUACUGACGAAGAGAGCGAGAUGAGAUCAAGGAAGCCUUACCACAUUGAGCUCGUCGGUGUAGUCUGUGAUGCCUAUCUGGCAGUUGUCAGGGGAAUCAGGAGAGCGGUGAUCACCGGGAGAGCAGUGAGGGUGAAGUCCCAGCUGCAGUCGCACAAGAGAUUCGCAACGGCGUUCCACGGGUACUGCAGCGUGGUCGACAACGCGAGGCUCUACAGCACCAACUCCAUGGGCGGCCGUCGAAUUGGGCAGCAGGAAGUGGGCGCCCGUCAAGGCUGCCGGAGCUCACCCUGGAGGAGCAGCCAGACCGGCUGCGCGUUGAAAGGCAAGGCCGCUGAAGCUCUCUUCAUUUCCUUCGGCGCGGCAACGAGAGCUGCAGCGCCGACGUCGAUGCGGCAACCACCGGGACCAGAGCUGCCUCACUCGCGUUUCCGUAACUCGUUAGUCAACUGUGGGAUCCAUCCUUGUGCAAGGUGUACCUUGUGACUAGCAAGGCACCGAAUCUCUGUCCGUUGCUGUUGUGGGAUACUUAGUUUUUUAUUCUCUCCAUGAAGCGGGUCCCACUCGCAUGCAAUCAUUAUAGCAGGAUGAAAAGUGGAGUAGAACCGUGAAGUCGCUGUUAGUGGACAGACAGACAUGAGCAGCAUCCAAUGGUGUAGGAAUAGAUCUAACGGUAUUAGACGCAUGCACACGUACCCACCUGAUUACCAAAUUCA